CUCUGGUCAGCCCCGCCCCUCCCCGCCCCGCCCCGCACCCACCGCUCGGGCCUCAGCUAACACCCGAGCCCAGGCCCGCACCCGCACUAGGCCCCGAGCCUCGGUGUGAUGGUGAUGGGAGACGCGGUUCUGUUCGAGUUGCUGCACCUGGAGAUGGUGGCGCAGGUUUACUCAGAGCCCGAGAGCGGAGACACGGAACAUGGGAAAUCCAUUUCCACAUUGGAAGGGAUGGGUUUUCGGGCAGGACAAGGUUUAAUCGAGAGGUUCACCAAAGAGACACCAUCCUUCAAAGAUGAGCUGGACAUUAUGAAAUUUAUCUGUAAGGAGUUUUGGACCAACCUCUUCAGGAAACAGAUUGACAACCUACGAACAAACCAUCAGGGAACCUAUGUACUUCAGGACAAUCGUUUUCGCCUUCUCACUCCAGUCUCCAAUGGGAAGCAGUACUUGGAGGAAGCACCAAAGUUCCUAGCAUUCACCUGUGGGCUCGUAAGAGGGGCUUUAUCCAACCUGGGCAUCGACAGCACAGUUACUGCAGAGGUUUCAGUAAUGCCAGCAUGUAAAUUUCACAUUAUAAUGCAGAAAUGCUAGGACCGUGAUGUCCCUGUUGGGGUUUGAAGAACGCAGAGAUGAGAGUGAAGCUGAAACUUCGACAGAAAGGAGAACUUAUGCCUUGCCCUCUCUGUUAUUGUGUGUUCCAGGAGAUGCAUUAGUUGUUUCUCAAUGCGUUAGUGAUGGGAAUUAGAAUCAGCCAAAGUUUCUGAACUGGUGAAGGUUAAACACUGGGCACUUGCUUGGACUGGCCACGUUUGGGAUCACCAUGAAAUUGCAGUGUGUUACUGAAGUAUGAUCUCACGGGAAAUUUUUACUGAGCAUUUGUUCUCUGAAGGUUCCGUCUCUUCCUUGUCUAUCCAUCUCAGUCCACUACAUAUUUAUGCAUAGAUGGGGCGAUGAAUGACCUGCCUGCACUGGAUUCAAAAAGAUGGAAUCUUUUUGGACGCCACCAUUGCUUUUCCAUUUCAAAAUAUAGUGACAAUUCGUCCUCGUUUUGUUUGGCAUUCUCUCUUUAACCAGUUAGAGCAUGUGAGAUGGAGUCUGUUGUGGUUUCUCGGACUCUGUGUGAAUGCUGCCCUGAUGCUUCACAAGAUAUGGGAGUAGCCUUAGACAGUCCAGUUAUGUUCUGAAGGUCAUAGCUUGUGACAUGUUUUAUGUGAUCAUCUCAAACAUGUGGGCUUAUGGCAGGUCUGGGGCCAUCAGGUGAGGUGUAAAUGCUUUGCAGGGAGGAUUGUAGUUGGGGUCAUUUUGUUUAGUCACUGACCUUCCAAUUUGGCCCUGCUUUCAUUAUUGAUGCAACAGAUUGAAAAGCCAGGAAAGCAGCAGGACCUGGAUCUACACUUUGGGGAUGUGUUUGAAGUUUUAAACCAAAAAAUGGUCACAUCCAAAAAAGGGAGCCAUUAGUAAGUUGUACCAAAGGAGCCCAAGUACUUUGCUUAUUUUGUUUUUCCAUUGUGUGAGUGAUUUACUCAAUGCCAAUGGCUCUUCACCUCCCACUACCAUUCUGUUUUGUCUGAUUUUCUACUGAAAGCAGUCACUGUAUGAGUUCAUGCACCUGCCAAGUUUUUGAUUAAAUGCAUCUCCAUAAAGUGA